UGUCUAAAAGAACAGAAUGGGAGAGUGAGUGAAGUCUGGUCAUUCUACUGAGAGACAAUCAACGAGACAGACUACAAUUUCUGAUUCAACUUCACAAAACACAACAAAGUGAGUAUUAAAACUGAACCUUGGACAACUGUUUACCAAGCGAAAAUACUUCCAACAUGGGAAAUAAAGCUUCAUCUACCGCGGCCAACGAACUUCAAGAGCUUUACCCCCUCCCCGAAAGAUAUGAACACCUGAAAGUUCUGGGAGAGGGUACCUAUGGAGUCGUACUAAAAUGUUUGGACCGGGACACCAAAGAGACAGUGGCCAUAAAAAUCGCCAAGGCCAGUGGCGAACAGAUCGAGGAGGAGGCAUGUAUACUGCGCGUGUUAAUGGACAACAAACUGGACCAGAAAAACAUCGUCAAGUUCCACGGUGGAUUCUGGAGGAACAAGUAUAUGGUGUUUGAGAACCUGGACAUCAAUUUGGACGCCUACCUCAGCCAGAGAAAUGCCCCAAUGUGUUUAGAGGACAUCAGGACUGUGAUGCAGCAGAUGGCCACAGCAUUAGAUGGCCUGAAAAGAGUCGGCGUGAUCCACACAGAUUUGAAAACGGACAACAUCAUGCUGGUGGAUAGGGCGAAGAAACCUUUCAAAGUCAAGCUGAUAGACUUUGGCAUGGGCGUCUUUAGAUUUAAUGCCAAGCACAUCAAGAUUCAGCAGGUUCCUUCCUUUAGGGCUCCUGAAAAUAUAUUUGGAUUCCCAUAUUCGGAGGCCAUUGACGUCUGGUCGCUGGGCUGUGUGAUGGCCUGGAUGGUGUUCGGCUUUUCACUCUUCCCGGGAAGGACUGACUCUGAACUAAUAUAUUACAUGAGCAACCUCCUUGGUCCACCACCAGAACACAUGAUUACAGCCUCAAGCAGAUCGGAAGAAUAUUUUACAAAGGACGCUUCCAAUCAAUGGAUUCCCAAGGUAUCUGAGGAGUACCGUGAAAAUAAGGCCACCGACAGAAGGUCCUACAUUUUCCGUUCCCUGGACGAAAUGAAGACGAUGCGUCUGGAAGAAGAUAACGCCACAGAGGCUGCAGAGAGGACGCAGUGCAUCGAGCUCUUGAAGGCAACACUCAGCUGGGAUGAGAAGGACAGGAUUACCCCUGAAGGUAUUCUUAAUCACCCUUUUAUCACCAAGUGUAGCUCGUCGCCCAUCAAAAAACCUGCUGACCAGACCAGGACAGAAAAUUCUGCUGGAGUGCCGAUAGUGAGACUGCCAUCGGGUGUCAUCAUGGUACAGCCUGCUCCUCCACAUCGCAGAGCCCCACUGGUGGAGGUAGCUGAAGUGGAGUCCAUCAGUGAAAGUGUGACAUCUGCUUCCACGCCUGAGGACUGCAAUGGCAACGAUGUUUUGGACAACACGGAUGACAGUGAGCACAAGAGUAAGAGAAAGAAGAACUGUGUCAAACGCUUCUUCUCUUGGGUGAGAAAGAGAGUUCGCUGUUGCCGCGGAGUAAAGGUUGCUCCGAUGUGAGGCUUUCUAUGAAGACUCAUAGUUGGCGAUGGCGUCUAGGGACAAUCAUAUUUCAAAUGGGAAUAAUUGAACACACUUUCGGACAGUUUCUCAAAGUCAAUGACAGCAUUGCACUUGAAAAAUUAGAAUAACAUUUACAUUUA